AUGCUCAUCCUCACCAGCAGCGAACGUACUCCCCACGUCCACCGCACUCUCGACACCUCCAAGGUCGUCCUCUACCGCCUGAGCCCUCAUACCUCCUCUAACACUCCUCCUCCUCCCUACCUCAGCCGGUGCCCGUCGUUCUACAAACUGCCGAGUGACGCCCCUCCCCCUUACCCCUACUCCGAUGCCAAGCACCCCGCAUGCUUUGGCCAAGCCGAUGCCGAUGAGCUCGCACGCAAGCUCUCGCAGCUGACGAUGGUCGCACCCACACCCAUGCCUUCUACGUGCCCAACACGUCCUACUGUCGCACCGCGGCGACCCAAGCCCAGAAGCCUGCGCGUCUGCAACCCAGACCUCGCAUAA